AUGGUAAACCCACCCGUUUCCUACGAUGUUGGAUCCUCUAGCCGAUCUGAAGAGGAACAUAAAGAACAACCUCCAGCACCAGUAUCCGAACAACCAGAACCAACCGAACCAGAAAAAGAAGAGCCUAGUCAAGAAUCAGAGACACACGAGAGCGAAGAAGAUAAGCCCGUUGAAGAGCCCGCAGAACCAGAGAAAAAACCAGAAGAACCUAUUGCUAACCCCAGCGAGGAAAACCAUGAACCGCCAGCUCCAGAAAAUGAUAGUAAACCAAUUGAAGAACCUGCUGAACCUACAGGAACAGUAGAACUUGAACCUGAAAAUCCAGAAGUUCCGGAACCAGGAAAAGAACAACCAGAAAAUCCUGCACCGGUAGCUGAACCAGAAAAUCCCGAACUUGUACCUGAACCAGAAAAUCCUGAACCUAUACCUGAACCAGAAAAUCCCGGACCUCUACCUGAACCAGAAAAUCCCGAAUCUGUACCUGAAACAGGAAACGAGCCAGAAAAUCCUGAACUUGUACCUGAACCUGUACCUGAACCAGGAAACGAACCAGAAAAUCCUGGACCUCUACCUGAACCAGAAAAUCCCGAAUCUGUACCUGAACCAGGAAACGAGCCAGAAAAUCCUGAACUUGUACCUGAACCAGAAAAUACUGAAUCUGUACCUGAACCAGGAAACGAACCAGAAAAUCCCGAACCUCUACCUGAACCAGAAAAUCCCGAAUCUGUACCUGAAAUAGAAAACGAACCAGAAAAUCCUGAACUUGUACCUGAACCAGGAAAUGAACCAGAAAAUCCCGAACCUCUACCUGAACCAGAAAAUCCCGAAUCUGUACCUGAAACAGAAAGUCCUGAACCUGUACCUGAACCAGGUAAUGAAGAACCAGAAAAUCCUGAAUUAGUACCAGAGCCAGGAAACGAAGACACGGAACAAACCGGCGAAGAACCAGCUGAAGAAUCGAAUGAAGAUAAUGAUGAACCGGAUAUCAUGAGCGAACUGCUUAAGAGCGAACAAUUCUGGAAGUGGUUAGGAGAAUGGACCGCGACAUACAUGGAACUAUUAGAAAAGCAUAUAAGGAAAAUAGCAAUCCAAGAAAUAUGCAACCGCGAGAAAUCUGGUGAACAAAUGUGUCUCCUGGAAGACAAGCCUGAAGAUAAUUAUAAUGAUGGUGUUAUAAUCAAAGAUGGGAAGAUCAUUGUAGACGGUAAAGAAAUAGAAAUAACAAACACCGAUAAUUUAGACAAAGAUCUAAAGAAACAUCAAAACAAUAAAGGCGAUAACGAUAAGAAAAAUAAAAAUGAAAAUAAGAUAGAAGCAUCUACAAUCUAUGGCAAUUCGGUAGGAAACGAGAAAGUAACAAAUGUGUUUAUAUUUACCGCUGACAAAGCUGAUGAGGUUAUAGACAAUUUGAAACCAGAUGGUGAAUCUGAAGUUGACUUAGUAAUUGACGAUAGGAUAAAAGAAAACGAAAAUAAGGAGAAGUCCACUGAAGUUGUUGACCCAUCAGAAUCUAAUUUAGGAAAUACUGAAUCUAACACAAGUGAAAUUAAUAAGGAAGAAGGUGAUAAUGAAGAAACAAACCAAGGUGAGGUUAGCAAGGAAGAACCGAACGAAGAUAACAUAAACGAAUCAAAUAACAGUGAACCUGAAGAACUUAAUAAUGAAGAAGUUAUCAAAGAAAGUGAGGGUGAUAACGAAGAAUUAAAUAAAAACGACUCAAAUGAAGGGGAAGCUAACGAAGAGUCAAAUAAAGAUGCAAAAGAACCCAAAAAAGAAGAAUCCACGAGUGACAUAGAAGAAUCAAAACGUGAAGACGAUUCAAAGUUAGAACCUAGUGAAAGCGAAUCAAAUUAGAAAAGUACUCGUACGAUUUAGCUUAAUUAGGUAAGAAAAAGGUUAUAAUAGUAUAAGAAAACUGACUAGAAUUUGUCAGCUGAAGUAGAUGUCGCUGUACAACAUGUUUUCUCUUCUACAAUAUAAAUUUUUGAUUGUAGCCAUAUAAGUUUAAUUUUCUAA